AUGUCGCCCCCACGCUCCCCCCUCCCUCUCCAACCUUUCUCCCAAAUCCCCAUCCUGCCACUCAGCGCCGCCCUCGCGCCAAACACGAAACCCGCGUUCCUGGCCGACUUGCGGUCAGCGCUGCUGCACGUCGGGUUCUUGUACUUGAGCGAGACGGGCUUGCCGGAGGAGUUGGUGCAAGCUGUGAUUAGCGAGUGUCGGGGAUUCUUUGAGAAUUUGCCCGUGGAGGAGAAGGAGAAGAUUGAAAUGAAGAAUGAGAAGAGUUUUUUGGGUUGGUCGAGGCUCGACAAUGAGACGACGGCUUUCAAUCCAGAUCAUAGAGAGCAACUCGACCUCUCAACACCGCAUCCCAUUCCGGGACCAGAGGCGCCAAUUUACCAUAACCUUCUCGCACCAAAUCAGUGGCCUUCGCCACAGCAUCUCCCAAACUUUCGGCCCGUGUAUGAAGAGUAUAUACAACGCAUGGCCCGCAUCUCGACGCUAUUCACUUCACUUAUCGCUGAAGCAAUCGAUCUUCCCGCUACGGCCUUUGACAAGUUUUUUGAUCGUGACCAGCAGCACAAGCUCAAAAUAGUAAAGUAUCCCGAGGUUGACGUACCAGACUUGCCGCAGGGAGCCAGCGAGAUGGAUCGUAAGAAGUGGGAGAUUAAACGCCAAGGUGUGGGACCCCACAAAGACAGCAUGCUGACCAGCUACCUGUUGCAAGCGUCCAACCAGCUAGGUUUGCAGGCGCAAAAUGCAAAAGGCGAAUGGAUAGAUUGCCCACCCAUACCCGGCACCCUGGUUGUGGCGAUAGGGCAGGGCAUGGAGGCCUUGACAGACGGCGUCUGCGCCUCAACAACUCAUCGCGUGCUCAGUCCUCGCAAGGGAGAAGGGGCGCGGUACUCGGUACCCUUCUUCCAGGGUGUAAGCUACGACGCACAGUUCGAAGCCAUGGACGUCCCCGAAGAGGUUCUCAAGCUGAGAGACGAGGCGAGGAAGCAGCGAAGAGAUGAUGUUGAAUUUACCUUUGUCAAGGGCCGAUGGGGUCAUCUAGGUGAAGCGACGCUCAUGAACCGGAUCAAGAGCCACCCUGACGUGGGAGAGCGGUGGUAUCCAGAGGAACUGAGACGGAUUCGCGCGCAGCAAGCAGCGGUAUCGGCAGACAAGCCGUCAUCAUAG